CCAUGGGGAGGGUCUGUAGGGGGGUCAGAGGUGACACUUGUCCUAUAAAGCCAGGGUAAGGGUCUUGGCUUUGCUCAUCCACAGUAACCAUGAGAUCCCUAAUCCUAGCUGUGCUCAUUGGAGUGGCUUUUGCAAUUGAGGACGACAAGAUCGUCGGAGGGUAUGAGUGUCAGAAGCACUCCCAGGCCCACCAGGUGUCUCUGAACUCUGGCUACCACUUCUGUGGAGGCUCCCUGGUCAGCAAGGACUGGGUGGUGUCUGCUGCUCACUGCUACAAAUCCCGUGUAGAGGUGCGUCUGGGCGAGCACCACAUCCGGGUCACCGAGGGAACCGAGCAGUUCAUCUCGUCCUCCCGCGUCAUCCGUCACCCCAACUACAGCUCCUACAGCAUCGACAACGACGUCAUGCUGAUCAAGCUGAGGACGCCCGCCACCCUGAACCAGUACGUGCAGCCUGUGGCCCUGCCCACGGCCUGCGCUGCCGCUGGGACCAUGUGCCUCGUGUCUGGCUGGGGAGACACCAUGAGCUCCGCCGAUGACAGCGACAAGCUGCAGUGUCUGGACCUGCCCAUCCUCUCCGAAGAAGACUGUGACAACUCCUACCCUGGCAUGAUCACCCAGUCCAUGUUCUGCGCUGGCUACCUGGAGGGAGGCAAGGACUCCUGCCAGGGAGACUCCGGGGGGCCGCUGGUGUGUGAUGGCGAGCUGCAGGGGGUCGUGUCCUGGGGCUAUGGGUGUGCGGAGAGGGAUUAUCCUGGAGUCUACGCCAAAGUUUGUCAGUUGAGCGACUGGCUGGAACACACCAUGAGAAACUAUUGUUUUGCCAAAUCCUCCUCCUCCCAUCUUAAUCUUCAUCUUCCAGACAUGAGGUCUCUGGUGUUUGUUCUGCUCUUGGGAGCUGCCUUUGCCACCGAAGAUGAUAAGAUUGUGGGAGGAAAGGAGUGUGUUCCACACUCCCAGCCCCAUCAGGUGUCUCUGAACUCUGGAUACCACUUCUGCGGAGGCUCCCUGGUCAACCAGGAGUGGGUUGUCUCUGCUGCUCACUGCUUCAAGUCCAAAAUGGACAUCGUCCUCGGGGACCACAACCGUUGGUUCAUGGACGGCAACGAGCAGAUCAUCUCCGCGUCCCUCGUGAUCCCUCACCCAAACUACGAGUCCUGGCUGGUCAACAACGACAUCAUGCUGAUCAAGCUCAGCCAACCCGCUACCCUCAACCAGUACGUCCAGGCUGUGGCCCUGCCCACCAGCUGUGCCCCGGCUGGGACCAUGUGCACCGUGUCAGGGUGGGGGGUCACCAUGGACUCUGCGGCCGACAGCAACCGUCUGCAGUGUGUGAAUGUCCCCAUCCUCUCCAGGGAGGUCUGUGACAACUCCUACCCCAGCAUGCUCACCGACGCCAUGUUCUGUGCCGGAUACGUGGAGGGGGGCAAGGACUCCUGCCAGGGGGACUCUGGCGGCCCAGUGGUGUGUGAUGGUGAGCUGCAAGGGGUGGUGUCCUGGGGCUUCGGCUGUGCUGAGAAGAACCACCCUGGAGUCUAUGCCAAGACGUGCAUCUUUACCGACUGGCUGCAGUCCACCAUGGCCACCUACUAGGACUUACACCUGCUUUACAAAACCAACCGUUCGAAGACAAUUUAUCCGUUAAUAAUAAAUGUUCAUAUAAAAAGGUUAA